UGGAUUUUUUAGCGCCAUUAUUUACAAAUACACUUUAAACUAUCACAUAUUUAGCUGUUCACUUAUUUGCAAUAUUAUCGCUAUUAUGUGAAUAGCUGGUGAUUCAUUUACCUUUGUUUAAGCUCUGUGUCAAUUCUUUACGAAGCCGCUUCUGAAAUCGCUGAUUAACGUAUGAUCCUUCAAACACACAGACUCGAUCGUCUGCUGUUUAUAGUCAGCACAUUAUAACUAGCCAUAUAAUAAAAGUUUCUGAGCAUGACGAAAAGGAAGUGAUACUGCAAGAUUCUAGUAGGUGUCAAAUUGUAUGAGAUGGAAAACUUCGGCGUCAUGAACUUAAGGUAAUAUUUUUCUGGCGUUAAAGAAACUGUGUCUACAAUUUCCGGGCAUCGUGUCACUUAUACAUUGUGUAUAUAUAUAUAUAUAUAUAAUAACUCAUUCCCUGACUCGUUAUAAUCUAACUAAUUUAUAAUUAUAAGCCGAUGAACUAACUAAUUUUGUAUUUUCAUCAGAAAAAAUUGACCGAUGCCGUUUACAUUGAAGAUGGGAAAGCGUCACUAGACCACAGGGUACUUUCUGAACAUAAGGGUGCAAGCGAGCCAAGUACGACUGAGUCUCCAGUGCUUGUACCUUCACCUGACUCACCAGAGUUGCGCAGGUCUCCACUAGAGAACAAUUUCGUUAUCAACAUUCGAUUAAGCGAAGCAGAGCGUAAACUCUUGGGACGAUUCCGUUAUCUCUAUAUGGCAGCAGCACAGAGGCUAAGCGACGUACCCCCGUGUCCUGAGGGACUUCGGCCUUUCCCGACGCAAUCAGUACGACUUCGUUUAGAUGCCACCCCGGAAAGUACAGAACGAAAACGACUGCUUCAAUUGCUCUGUGCGGGUGCAUGUACUCAGGCACUACUUUUAGCAUCGCCGACGCCACUCGACGAGUUACCAUCUAGGCGUCCUUCGUGGGCGUUUCUACCUGCAAACCUUCCGUACUCGUUCCUUGAACAAUUAGCUGAAUAUGUGCGAGGUCGCGAUAUGAUUGUCGUAUUUCCUUCUUCGAGUGUCAUCGAACGUUUCCAUCUCUCUGAAGAGUUACGUGCUCGUGGAGUUGUAUGCAAAUUUUUUAGUGAACCUCCUUCAUGGCACACCCUCAACGAGAAUGGUGUACUUUUGGUACCUUCUAUAAGACCUCCGGCUGGGCAUAAGCAACGCGCCUAUGAUGGGGUACUUCUGCCUCCCGGAGUUGAACAGUGGACGGAAAUCACCUGUGGAUCGUUUCGUAUUGAGCCUGACCUUCCGUCGAAGUACCUGCCGUCAGUUUGUCGCAAUGCGUUUGUGAAUGAGCAUCUAGAAACACUGAUUGCAAGGAUGGAAACUGUAUCCGACCAUAACGGCCUUCCGGUGAUGCUGACAUCAUGCCCUGGACGUUCCUUGCAUGAUGUGGAUUUAUGUUCAGCUCAGUGGGCUUUAAUCAUCGAACCGAGUCUAGAGCUUGGUAGAGCCAGAUGUCGCGUAGCGGUCAAAAAGGCUUUUAUUGGCCUUUGCGAGCGUUUAGUCCAUGUGGCAGAGACCAGCUCAUACAAACGACUUACUAUCGUUGUACUGGUACCCAAAUUGUGUCCUGCUAUCAAUCAUAUCGCUUGCUUCGUGAGAAAAAAAGUCGGUGAUCGCUGCGCUAUUAAGGUGGUGCUUGCCGAAACAAAGCCUCUGGAGCAACAACUUAUCGAAUUGAUCGAAGAAAGCGGUGACGAUUUUGCCGAUUACGUCGCCCACGUUCGACGCAACAACGAACCAAGUGCCUGCCCGUAAAGCUGUCAAAUUCUGCCUUAAUCUGUUUUGGAUGCAACUUACAUGCGAAAUGUAGCGGACAGGAGCUGCUUGUAUCGUGUCUUGUCCUGUGUGACACACCAUCUGUGCGCCAUGUCGACAUGACCCGCGUUUGUGCGCUUAUAUUGACACAAGCGUUUUUCGCUUCUUCGUUCCAAAAACUCCUUUGUCAUAUAUUUAUGGCUAACAAUGUCGUUCUGUCUGUUCAGUAGAGAGGUCGAUUCAAUGGAUUCGGCUGGAUCGACCUUGGCCAGAAACCGAGGAACUCCAUCCAUAUAUGUUUACGAGAGGCCGGACAUGGCCGACCUACCCUAACAAAGGCUCGGGAGUAGGGCCGAUGUAUCAGUCAAAAUUUUGACAACGCCGACCCGAAAU